UGUAAUUUUGGUGGCAAUUGUGAAGUCACUGUAAUUACGAGAAAGUUUUGCCAAAAAUGUAGACUCGAUAAGUGCUUUGAAGUAGGCAUGAGAUCUGAAUUAAUUUUAACUGAAAAGGAAAAGAAAUUAAGAAAAAUUAAACGAUUGGAAAAACUUAGCAAUAAUAGCAAUACUGAAGAUGUUAUUCCUGUAAAUAAUAAUUAUAAUGAUUUGUCUUAUAAUGACUUACCAGAGCAAGAGGUGAUCAAACUGGACAGGGAUAACAUGGAUGACUUUAUAUUAAAAAUUGAUAUUGAUGGGCAUCAACUCUGUCAUAUAUAUGGACAGUAUUACGGCAAAUGUACAAUUAAAGUGUGUAUUGAUAGACCUCUAACUGAUUAUAAUAAUAAUUUCAAUGAACUGGAAGGCAAUCGGAUAACUGAACUUUUGAAUGCUAUGAAAACUUUUAAGAAACCUUUUGGACCGAUAGUAUCGCAAACAAACACAUAUCGGGAAAGUCUAUGCGCUUAUUCCGAGCACUUGGAGCAAGUAAUCAUCAAAUUGGGAGUAAUUUCUAAAUGCUUGCAAUUGUUUAAUUCAAUUAAUUUGAACGAUCAAAUUGCAUUGAUUAAAUAUGGAUCAAUUGAAAUUUCAUGUUUGCGGUCUAUAAUUGGCUACAAUGAUGAUACCAAACAAAUUGUUUUGCCCGAUGAAAAUCCUGAUGAAUCAGUUAUAGUAAAGAUCGACACAAUUAAUGAUAAUAAACAAUAUUUAUAUAAAGCAUUUAUUAAAUUUUAUGAAAAAAUUGUGAGGAUAUGGGAUUCAGAUGAACUUAUACUUGAUUUGGUAACAGCUAUUCUAUUAUUUAACCCAAAUCGUCCAAAAUUACAGCACAGGAAUACAAUAAAAUUUAAUCAACAAAUUUACAUAUAUUUGUUGAAAAGAUAUCUUCUUCUGAGAUAUCGAUCGGAUAGUGAAUGUGACUCAAAAUUUUUGAAACUAAUGAAUACAUUCAAAGAUUUGCAUCAUUUGUUUUUUAGUUAUAUUCGUUGCGUUAAUGAACACAAAUGUGAAGAAGUGGUCGAUUGCGGUCAACUUCUUAAUGAAUUACAUAUAAGAGUUAUUUUAGUUUUAUUAACAUUUUGUUUGUGUCGAGUGGUCAGCAAAUUUAUACCCGAAGUGUUUGAUAGAAUGGCCGAAAACAAUGUUAAUCAGGAGUGGAACCAGCGGUUAGUCGAUCAGAUUUGGGAUCAACUAAGUGGUCGUUUUGGUCGCACCCUUCAGGAAGAGUUUUCCCGUCAACUCGAGGAUCAAGAGUUGGGACUUCCGUUCUUGUGGACCGAACCACCCGCUGAUGUGUUUGUCGUGUUUUUUUUCGGGAUCAGACCCGCACUCAGGGUGUGGCCAGAGGCCGCGGUAUUCACCCGAGAGGUCAUUGAUCGCCGGUUUUGUCAGGGGCGACAAAAGUCAAAUAUAGGGGAAUGA